CCGCGCCCGCCCGCCCGCUCGCCAUUUUGCGCCGGGAGCUGCCGCGGGCGCUGCACCGCCCGUGUCCCGGCCGCCCGCCCGGGCUGACGGCGCCCCGGCGCAGGAGGAGGAGGAGGAAGAGGCGCGGGGAUGGAGAGCGAUCGGCUGGAGAGCCCGGUUGCCAUUAAGGGUAUUGAAAGAGAGCUUAUCUGCCCAGCAUGCAAAGAAUUGUUUACCCAUCCGCUGAUCAUCCCCUGCCAGCAUAAUGUCUGUCACAAAUGUGUGAAAGAAAUACUUUUUGCAUUUGAAGACUCCUUUGCUGAUGGAGGCUCUGAAUCCUCUAAUCAGAGUAGCCCUCGAAUUAGAAUCUCUGCUUCUAGCAUGGACAGAAUUGACAGGAUUAAUAGAUCAGGCAGAAAACGCAAUUCACUGACUCCUAGAUCGACUCUGUUUCCUUGUCCGAGUUGCCAGCGGGAUAUUGAUCUCGGGGAGCGUGGCAUCAAUGGCUUAUUUCGCAACUUCACUUUGGAAACCAUUGUGGAAAGAUACAGACAGGCAGCCAGGGCAGCCAUUGCUAUUAUGUGUGAUUUCUGCAAACCUCCACCUCAGGAGUCCACAAAGAGCUGCAUGGACUGCAGUGCAAGCUAUUGCAAUGAAUGUUUCAAAAUCCACCAUCCUUGGGGAACUGUGAAAGCCCAGCAUGAAUACGUAGGACCAACCACCAACUUCAGACCCAAGAUUUUGAUGUGUCCAGAACAUGAAAUGGAGAGAGUAAACAUGUACUGUGAAAUCUGCAGAAGGCCUGUUUGUCAUCUUUGCAAACUGGGUGGAAGUCAUGCAAACCAUAGAGUAACAACCAUGAGCACUGCCUACAAAACCCUUAAGGAGAAACUUUCAAAAGAUAUCGAGUAUCUCAUCAGUAAGGAGAGCCAGGUGAAAGCUCACAUCACACAGCUGGAUCUGCUGCUGAAAGAAACAGAGUGCAACAGUGAAAGAGCUAAACAAGAAGCAUCUCAGAGUUUUGAGAAAUUAUACCAUGUCCUGGAAGAGAAGAAAUCUGCAGCUCUUAGGGCAAUUGAAACCUCUAAGAAUAGAAGGCUGGAAAAACUGCAAACACAAGUGGAAGAAUACCAAGGGCUCCUGGAAAAUAAUGGCCUUGUAGGAUAUGCUCAAGAAGUGCUGAAAGAAACAGAUCCCUCCUGUUUUGUUCAAACAGCAAAACAGCUUCAUGUCAGAAUCCAAAAAGCUACCGAGUCUCUGAAGAGCUUUAGGCCAGCAGCUGAAACUACUUUUGAAGACUUUGUGGUGGACACUGCCAAGCAAGAAGACAUCCUUGGUGACUUGUCCUUCCAUUCCAAUGGUCUAGAAAUACCAGAAAUCAAUGAAGCACAGAGCAGAAUGUACAAAAAAGCUCUAAUCAGCUGGGAAUGCCCUGGGAAGACAGAGUCAGCUGAUACCUAUGUUCUUGAGUAUCAUAAACUUACUAAAGAAGAGGAGAGUGUGACAUGGCAAAAGACUGAAGUUUGUGGCAAGAGCAAAGUAUUAUCUGAUCUUGAUGAUGACAGCAGCUAUGCCUUUAGAGUUCGAGGCUACAAAGGGUCCAUCUGUAGCCCUUGGAGCAGGGAAGUUAUUAUGCGUACUCCUCCAGCCCCAGUUUUCAGUUUUCUUUUUGAUGACAAAUGUGGGUACAACAAUGAACAUCUCCAGCUGAACCCAAGAAGAACCUCGGUUGAAAGUAGGGCUGGAUUUCCUCUGCUUCUGGGAUCUGAGCGCUUGCAGGUUGGAUGCUACACAACCCUGGAUUACAUCAUUGGUGACACUGGGAUUGCCAAAGGGAAGCACUUCUGGGCUUUUACUGUGGAAGCCUAUUCAUACCUGGUGAAAGUGGGAGUUGUUCCUAGCAACAAGAUACAGAAAUUGUUCCACAAUACCCAUGAUGUAACCAGUCCAAGAUACUGUAACAUAGCAGCAUCAUGGAAAACUCACAGGACAUGUUCUUGCCUAUAUGAGCAAGACAGUGGUCAUGACAGUGGGAGUGAAGAUACCUUCUUUGACUCAUCGCAGCCUUGCACACUGGUCACUUUAGGCAUGAAGAAGUUCUUUAUUCCUGCUACACCUGCUGCUCCUAAGGAUCCAGCCAGCAGAAUCCUUCCCCUGCCAUCGUGCUUGGGCAUUUGCCUUGACUGUGACAGAGGCAGGGUAGGGUUUUAUGAUGCAGGCCGUAUGAAGUGCCUGUACGAAUGUGAGGUUGAUUGCUCUGGCUUAAUGUACCCAGCGUUUGCUUUAAUGGGCAGUGCAGCAGUGCACCUUGAGGAAGCUGUCACAGCCAAGUACAGGGAGUAUCACGAUGACAUCUAGUGCAUGAAUCUCUUCCCAUUGCUGUUCUGAGACCGAAAAUGAAAGCAGAAGAAUUCUACCUUAGCUUUUAGUCCUGAUAAAUUAUAUUCUACUUACGUGUUGCUCACAAGCCUCUGGCCUGUGAUUUUUUAAAAUAAAUAGUCCAGGUGCUUCCUGCACCAGAGGAAUUCUCCUACCUUUCUUGUGAUCUGUGCAAUGCUAUUCUCCACAGACUUCUUUUGCUGGGGGAAGCAGGAAAGAAGUCUGACUAGCAAUCAAAAUUUACUUUUUAGGACUAGCAACCAAAAAAUUACUCUUUGGGGUAGAAAUCUGCCUUUUAUUUAACUUAAAUCCUUAAACAGUUGGUUUUGUAUUUAAUGAAGUCAAAGCUUGUGGUGUGUGAUUGCCAUUUGACACUGUUGAGGCAGGAUGGUAUGAAAGGACUCCACAUCAGAAGGUUUGAGAGUAGAACUCUGAUUUAUUUUAAAUACACCUCUCUUUUAUAGAGAGUAUUGUCUAGACCUAUUUUAUUGGUCCUAGACUAAAAACAUCACUUCAUUGGUGUGCAGUGAAUGAUGCACAGUGGCAGAACUUAUCUAUAAACAAUGUGAACAAGAGAGAUAAAGAAUUAUUUACAUUCUUUCUCAACUGUUUCCCAGGCUUCUGCCUGGUUAGAAAGCUUUGUUUUCUCUCUGACUGAACUGAGAAUGUCUACAGCCAUUCUCCUUUUAAGAAAUCUGCCUAAAUGCCUCUACAGGGUUAAAUGCUUUCCAGUUACCCCUGAGCACCAGUUGGGCCUUUCAGCACAGAAUAGCAUAUAGAAAUAGAAUAUGAAAGAGGAAGAAAUUAGAAAUGGUGUUGAAUGUUUAACUUAUACUUGGAAUGAUGAAGGUAAACUUGAUUCUGAUUGCAUGUUAUAUACCCUUAAUGUGAUUGUAAGUUAAAAUGCAAGUUCUGACACUCAGUGUCAUAUAGUUGGUGGGAUAAUGGUAAGUUCCUUUAUUUUUCCAGGCUUUUACUAUAAGCUAUCUAAAAGAAAGUGCAAUUGUACCUUAAAUGUCAGAAUCUGGAGUCAAAAAUCAGAAAGGUUUGCAUGCAUGAAUAACAGUACCUGGUAUUUAGGCAAAGCAAGUGAGUUGCUGACAUGAGUAAUUAUAUGUGAAUUUAAAAAAAUAAAAUCAGGUAUUUAACACUUGCUUUUAUAGUUUUUUUUUUUUUUUUUUUUUCAUCUAGUAGCAGCUUGAAUUUUUCUUAGUAAGAAUGUUAAAAAUGCACUGGUUAAGUUUGGAGACCUAAUUUCUGCCUUAAAGAAUGUCUCCCUUCAAAUUUCAGUUCCUCUGAUGUUAAAAACUGUAUCACACAGUAGUUUUUCACAGAAUCAUAUAAUCAUGGGAACAGAUUGAGUUGGAAGGGACCUUUAAAUACCAUCUAGUUCCAACCCCCCUUGCCAUGGGCAGAGACAUCUUCCACUAGACCAGGUUGUUCAAAGUUGCAUCAAACCUGACCCUGAACACUUCCAGGGAUGGGGCAUCCACAGGUUCUCUGGGAAACCUUUUUCAGUGUCUUACCACCCUUAUUGUUAGAAAGUUCUUCCGUAUAACCAACCUAAAUCUAUCAUCUUUUAGUUAAAAACCAUUGCUCUUUGUCCUGUCUCUCCAGGCCUUGAUAAAUCUUCUCCAUCUUUUUAAAAAAUAUUUUUUAUAUAUUAAAAGGUCAUAAUUAGGUCUUUCAGGAGCCUUCUCCAUGCUGAAUAACUCCAUCUCUUACAGCACCUUCACAGGAGAGGUGUUCCAGCCCUCUGACAAUUUUGUGCCUCUCCUCUGGAACCAUUCUGUACUGGGGGCUCCCAGAGCCGAAUGCAGUAUUCCAGGCAGCUCAGGAUGCUUUCUGUGCUGCAAGCACACAUUGCUGAUUCAUGGCCAAUUUUUCAUCCAUCAGGAUGUCCAAGUCCUUCUCUGCAGAGCUGCUCCUCAUUCACCAGUUGGUAUUGAUAGAGUAAAUUUCCUAGAUCCAGGUGCAAGACACCUUUUGCUUGGUCUUGGGGAACCUCAUGAGAUCCACAUCAACACUGGUUGCCAGUACAGACCCUUGAGGGACACUGCUCACCAUUACUGGUUUCUACUUGGACAUUGAGCUGUUGACUGUGAUUCUUUGGGUGUAGCUAUCCAGCCAAUUUGUUAUUCACUGGGUCCAUCCACUUAAACCCUGCUCUUUCAAGUUUAGAGGUAAGAAUGUUGUGGGGGAUCUUAUCAUAGGCCUUACAGAAGUCCAGGUACUUAGUAUCUCUUAGCUCUUCCCUUAUCCUCUGGUGCAGUCACUGGGUCACAGAAGACCACUAGAUGAGUCAGGUGCUUCUUGCCCUUGGUGAACUCAUCUGCCCGUCCCUGAUCACUUUCUUGUCUUCCAUAAAUUUUGACCUACGUUCCAGAAGGACCUAUGUUACAUUAUCUUACUGGGAAUGGAGGUGGACUGCCUCUCUUUAUAGAAACCCAUGUAUAAAAAGAAGUAGGGUAUGUGUACUGUUGAUUGGUGGAAAAAUAAAGAUCUAGAGUGAAGGAUGUUUCUAAUAAAUACUUGGUGCUUUCUAAUUUGGGGAUAUGCUUUCUAAUUUGGGGAUAUGCUUUGUAAUUUGGGGAUAGUGUUGCAUCUUGAUAAAUGUGUGUGAAGUAUGCUCACUAAGUUCAUGUAUACAGCUGUAGAGCUGUGAAAUGGGACCUGAAAAUCACAAUACAGUUAAGUGAAUGUAGGUCAUAAUACAAAACUUUUGUGGGCUUUGCUGUCUGCACUGCUGUAGUGAUCUGACCUGGAGUCCACCUCUCCCAGUGUCUUCUCUCAUAAGCUUCUGACUGUGGCUACUAUUAGAAAAAACUGUCAGAAAUGGUUGUCUAUGCCAGCAUGAGGGUGACAACCAGAAAGGCCCAGCAAGCACAACUUCUUGUCUGGAUCUCACCUGCAAAUGUUUCUGUCUUGAUAAGGCUGUGCGAAAGUGCCCUCCACAGAUUCAGUGUGAAUCGUGUAAGAUGUAGCAGGGAUGAAAUACGGGGUACCUUUUGGAAUUUUCUCCUGCAGGAGAAAAGACAAAUUGUCUUUUACAAGUUAGCCUUUUUAGUAUUUUCUUCUGGUUUAGAUGAUUAUCAUUAUCGCCUUUAAUUUCUGUCAUUCCCUCCCUUUCACCUUCCCUCUAACUGGAUUGAAGCCAUUGCUCUCUUCUUGCCUGCUGAGGCUGACUGAACAGUCUGUCCAUAAGACACUCUCUUGCUGUGAAGGAUGACCAAGUUUUGUGUUUUCCUUCUUCUUUUAGUCCUAAAACCAUAAUUGCCUUUUAUUUGGUUGAUACCCAAUACCAUGCUCCUGAUGAAGCUUCUUCUGCAGUGUUUUUCAUGCAGUCCUGAUGGUUAGCUGUGCAUGCAGGGUUUUCCCCACCUGGUAUGCUGUUUUGCAUUUGUUUAUGUUGAUAAUGCUUGUUUACCUAAUCACUAAGACCUGAGGGCCUUCUGCAGCUUUUCAGUCACUGCUAGACUUGGAUGCUCCUGAGUAGUAGCUUAAUUGGAUAGACAAACAUGCCCAUUCUUUUGCUUGUUUGGUUUUCCAGGUCUUGGAGCAAACUAAGUUGUAGUGACACUAAAAAGAUCUCUCUGUUGUUAAGAUUUUUUGUUCCUUCUACUUCUUUUCCUCCUCCAAAAUUUAUUAAACCACAAGUCAAGCACUGAAAUCUCUUACAUUAGUAUACUAUGUUGAGUAUGUGAUUCAUGGUCUUUCAUCCAAGUGUAGCAGUCAGAGAGAGCCAGAAGAAAGGAUUCUCACUUCAGUAGCUGUGACUUCUCCCCUUGUAUAACUGGCAAUGGUCAGUUCAUCUACCAAACUAAGAACUGGCUUAGAGCUGUAGGUUGUAGGGCUGAACUUUCUUUUCCAGACCAAAUCUCCUCCCAUAGAUGAAUGUUUAAUUUUUAAUUCCUUUGUUUCAGAAACUGGUAAAUUAGAGGCUUUAUGUCAUGGUUAGCACUCCACAUUUCCACAUUUAGAGUUUUUAUAAGCACCCGGAUUUGUAUUACUGGACCUUUUGUUAUUUUAUGAAAAUAUUUGUAAAUGGAACACUCUAUUGCAGAUAUGAAGACAGUGCCUCAGACUCAAAGAUCUAGAAAAGAUUGUUGGUUUGAGACUGUAGAAGUAAGAAAUUAAAAAUGUAGGGGCUUUUUCUACUGGAGUUUCAGAUUCAUUUUACAUGUGUUCUGCUAUGCAAUUACUUACUCUACUGGACAGAAACUGAUGCUACUUUAAAAAUUUAUCUACCUUUUGAAAUAUCUGUUUGUAUUUAUCUCAUGCUGAGUUUAAAAAUGGAUUUGCCUUUUGGUGUUACUUGAAUACUUAGUAUGCAUUCCAGACAGUAGUCUUUGCUGCUUACUCUUAUUAAAUAAAAAACACACUGUCAAGAGGCACUGACAGCACGCUGUGAUAUUUUUCCGCUACCAUGGAAGUGUCAACUUUCAUAAAUACAGUUCAGCAGUACUUGCCUAUCCAGAUAAUUAUUUUUUCAAGUUUCUCCCUAUGAAACAGCACUUUACAAUGUAGACUAAGCUAAAAAUGGUGUGGUAUUGUGUGGAUCUUUGUGCAAUAUAGCUGUUUGGCAAAUAUGGUGUGACUUGCAAAGCUUCAUACAGGUGUGAAUCAUGUAGACACUUUUUAGAUACCUAAAGCUUUAACAGAAAGGCCUUGUUUUAAAAUGUUCUGAAAUGUAAAAGUGAUGUUUUGGGUUUGUUUUUUUUUUUUAAUAAAAGCUGAAAUACA